AAAAGUUUCCACGAGAAGCGUUGCAGAGACAACGAAAAUAACAAGGAUUUCACAUACACCUCUAGCACUUUUGAGACGUCAAAACUGACCCAUCUGAAUUCACCAACUUCUUUGAAAAAAAGUUCUGCAGACUCAUGAUCGUAGGAACCUGAAUUUCAAACUACCCCAUGUGUGUGUUCCAAGUAUUGUAGAAAUCCCUUUGGAUUUGUCCCAUUGUCCCUUUUGGUCUCCAGGAAUGCAUUCUUUUACUCUGUGUCUCAAUUUUCUUCCAGUGCUUUGUUUGCUCAGGUUUUACAGUGUUUCACACCGCUUUAGAGUAGAGUUUACAUCUAACCACAGUGGAAGUCUUCAGCUCUUUUUGCCUUUUUGACACGUAGGACUAAGCUUUUCAAGAUCCAAAUGGGCUGAUCCUCUUCGACCACUCCCUGUGGUGCUCCGCGGGAGGGGGUAGGGGGCGCUUCUCUCUCCUUCUAAACCUCACUUAAUGCGGAAAUCCUCUUGCUUUUUGUGAACGUGUUUCUUUAGGUCUAGUUUCCUUUGUCCUUUUUUUUUCCCCCUUUUGUUGCUUAGGAUCUACGAGUUUUGCCUCUUUUCUCUGUAAUCUCCUUCUCCCCUUCCUCCUACAGAAUACAUGUCCCCCCACGUUGGAGUCAACGUACUUGAUACUUUAAGAUCCUCCAUCGGCCCCACGUCGCCUUUAAGCACCGUUCAAACGGGCUCGCCUUCAGGGUUCUUAGCAUGAGCUGCAGCAGCCUUUUCCUCUGUCCAGUAACAGAUGUCGAAGAAAGCAAGCUACACGACAUGCCCAUAUAUGACCUUAGUACAGAAAGCUGCCUCGUCUGGGGGCAACGUCUGGGGGAGCCGCGUUCACUCCCACCCUCGCGUGUUCUCGCCUCCCCCUUCUGCGAGGUCACUUGCGUGCAGAAACGCGGGCGCCAACACCCGCUCUGGUCUCCCGACUUCCUUCUGGGCUCUUAAUAAAGCGGGGGAAGUUCAAUCAUUCCGCAGUCAGCCGCGCCUCGCACUGGGCAUGCUCAGUGGCCUGGCCCCUCGCGGGUGGCGAGUGGUAGCCUCGGGCGCUGGGAUCGGGUCGGCGGCCGCCUCGGCUCGGCAUCCCGGGGCGCGGGCUGGGCGCAGCGGACCCUGAGUCGGGAGCGAGACGCGCCCCGCGGUCCCUGCCCAGGCGCUGGGCCCGCGAGAGCCGCGUCGUUCCGGAACCCAGGAACCCCAACUUCGCGCCAAGUUCGGAGCCGCCUUCUGGGGAGUCAUGCAAAUGAUGAACAGGGACGUUUUGUUAGAAAUGGAGCAGGAGGAGGAGGACGACGAGGAUGGAGAUAUCGGUGAUGUUCCUGCCUUCAAGAGGCCUUUUCUCAGACCUCACACUCUCCCAUCUAGUCCGGUGUCGGAAAACCUUGACCAGAUGAUGGUCUCCAGUUUUGGAGCCUUGGAGAGUCAGCAUGGUCGCCAGUCCCCGGAGUUUGAAGAAUUUAAUGGAAAAGCUGACUCCCUCUUUUUUAAUGACGGCCACCGAAGAAUUGACUUUGUUCUUGUGUAUGAAGAUGAAAGUAGGAAAGAGACCAACAAAAAGGGUUCAAAUGAAAAACAAAAGAAAAAAAGAAAGCAUACCUUGUGGCACCUCUGUUUGCACAGUGGCUUGGAGGUACAGGCAGAGCGAACAGUUUUGGAUGACAAGCUUGUGUUUCUAAAAGUGCAUGCCCCGUGGGAGGUGUUAUGUACAUAUGCUGAGAUAAUGCAUAUCAAAUUGCCUCUGAAACCCAAUGAUCUAAAAACGCGGGCCUCAGCCUUCAGUAAUUUCAAUUGGUUUACCAAAGUCCUCCAAGUGGAUGAAAGUAUCAUCAAGCCAGAGCAAGAGUUUUUCACUGCCCCAUUUGAGAAGAACCGGAUGAAUGAUUUUUAUAUCCGUGAUAAAGAUACCUUCUUCAACCCAGCCACCAGAAGCCGCAUUGUUUACUUCAUCCUCUCUCGAAUCAAGUAUCAAGUAAGGGAAAACGUUAAAAAGUUUGGGAUUAACAAACUUGUUAGCUCUGGGAUCUACAAGGCAGCUUUCCCUCUCCAUGAUUGCAACUUCAGCUGUCCAUCAGAGGAUUUCAACUGCCCGAAUGAACGAUACCUUCUAUACAGGGAAUGGGCUCAUCCUCGAAGCAUAUACAAAAAGCAGCCCUUGGAUCUUAUCAGGAAAUAUUAUGGAGAGAAGAUUGGAAUCUAUUUUGCUUGGCUGGGCUAUUACACUCAGAUGCUCUUCCUGGCGGCCGUCGUAGGAGUGGCUUGCUUUCUCUACGGUUAUGUUAAUCAAAAUAACUGUACAUGGAGCAAAGAAGUUUGUCAUCCUGAUAUUGGCGGCAAGAUCAUUAUGUGUCCUCAAUGUGAUAGACUUUGUCCGUUCUGGAAACUCAAUAUUACUUGCGAGUCCUCAAAGAAAUUGUGCAUCUUUGACAGUUUUGGAACUCUGGUCUUUGCAGUAUUUAUGGGGGUAUGGGUUACCUUGUUUUUGGAGUUUUGGAAGAGGCGCCAGGCAGAACUUGAGUAUGAAUGGGACACUGUUGAGUUACAGCAGGAAGAACAACCCCGGCCAGAAUAUGAGGCACGGUGUACUCACGUGGUGAUAAAUGAGAUUACUCAGGUAAGGAGGAUGCUAUUUAGACCCAUUUUAGUCUGUUUAUUGCAGGGGUUCUCAACCUUGGCUGCACAUUGGGAUCACCUGGGGACCUUAGAAAAUACAGAUGCCCAGGUCCCAUCACUACAUACUCGUGGUACUUACCAGCAAAAGAUGACUUUUGAAUCAUCUACAUUAUUGCUUCUUUCCACCAACACAGAAAAUUUAAAGCUGAUUGUACUUGCAGUCAUCAGCAUAAGGACAAUCCUGCUGAUCAUCGCUUCAGUUAUUGGGAUCAUUGUCUACAGGCUAUCAGUGUUCAUUGUGUUUUCUGCAAAACUGCCCAAGAACAUUAAUGGAACAGACCCAAUCCAGAAGUAUCUGACGCCCCAUACAGCCACGUCCGUAACUGCUUCCCUCAUCAGCUUUGUCAUCAUCAUGAUUUUGAACAUCAUCUAUGAAAAAGUGGCAAUCAUGAUUACUAAUUUUGAACUCCCAAGGACCCAGACUGAUUAUGAGAAUAGCCUAACCAUGAAGAUGUUCUUAUUCCAGUUUGUCAACUACUACUCUUCGUGUUUCUACAUUGCAUUCUUUAAGGGAAAAUUUGUAGGUUAUCCAGGAGAUCCUGUUUAUUGGCUGGGAAAAUACAGAAACGAAGAGUGUGACCCAGGUGGCUGUCUCCUUGAACUAACGACACAGCUGACAAUAAUCAUGGGAGGAAAAGCAAUCUGGAAUAACAUACAAGAGGUGUUACUUCCCUGGAUCAAGAAUCUAAUUGGACGCUGUCACACAGUUUCGGGCUCAGAGAAGAUAACCCCACGAUGGGAACAGGACUACCAUCUGCAGCUCAUGGGCAGACUGGGAUUGUUUUACGAAUAUCUUGAAAUGAUUAUUCAGUUUGGGUUCGUCACCUUAUUUGUGGCCUCUUUUCCACUGGCCCCUCUGUUGGCUCUGGUGAACAAUAUACUGGAAAUAAGAGUGGACGCGUGGAAAAUGACCACCCAGUAUAGACGCAUGGUGCCAGAGAAAGCCCAAGACAUCGGAGCGUGGCAGCCCAUCAUGCAAGGAAUAGCAAUUCUGGCUGUGGUGACCAAUGCCAUGAUCAUUGCUUUCACAUCAGACAUGAUCCCUCGCCUGGUGUAUUACUGGUCCUUCUCCGUCCCUCCCUAUGGGGACCACCCCCACUACACCAUGGAGGGAUACAUCAACAACAGCCUCUCCUUCUUCAACAUCGCAGACUACAAAAACAGAAGCAAGGGAAACCCAUACACUGGGCUUGGGAACCACACCACAUGCAGGUAUCGUGAUUUCCGGUACCCUCCAGGACACCCACAAGAGUAUAAACACAACAUCUACUACUGGCAUGUAAUCGCAGCCAAGCUGGCUUUUAUCAUUGUCAUGGAGCAUAUCAUCUACUCGGUGAAAUUUUUCAUUUCAUAUGCAAUUCCAGACGUAUCGAAAAGCACGAAGAGCAAGAUCAAGAGAGAAAAAUACCUAACCCAAAAGCUUCUUCAUGAGAAUCACCUCAAAGAUAUGACAAAAAAUAUGGGGUUCUUAGCUGAGAAGAUAGUAGAAGCAGUCGAUAACAAUUUACGACCAAAAUUAGAAUAAGAGCUUUAUGUUCUGAGAAGCACUUUAAAGAAUUUAGCUCUGUCAGAAAAUAUUAUGAAUCUCUAAUGAGAAUGUUUAAGUUCAGUCACUUUGGCAAAUAUGAGUCUUUGACUAUUGCCAUUUUCAUGUAGAUUAUUUUUCAGUUUCAGCUAGCGACGCAGGAACUGGAAAAUGUAAAACUUAGAUCAAGAAGGGCAUAAAACUAAUCACCUGGAAAACCUAAAAUGUUAUCUUUUUUGAUAAAUUGUAAUUUCAGUAUCACAGAAAAAGUCUCUUAAUGUGCUUAAAAAACACCCCUUCUAAAGCAGAAUGCACUAUUUUUUCCCCUCUGAUUACUUUCAUUUCUGUUCUCAAACCCAUGACCUCUAUUUUUAGGUAGCGUUUCAUUUCUUCACUUUGCCAGGUUGUUCCAGAGUUAUCGUUCCCAUACAGUGUCAUCAUUAAAGACAAGACAUGCUACCUUUUGCAUGAUUAAAAAUUGCUAACUCAGAAUUCAGUUUGAAUGCUGUAUUAGGUGGCAAACAGAGUCAAGAAUUCAUGAUAUUUAGGUGUAUUAUCACAUCCCUACAGAAAAGGAAACCUCAGUUAACAGGAAAUAGUUUCACUCUUAAUUUUGUCCUAUCUCUCCAUCUCAAAGAAAUACUCUUAAUGGAUUGGAAUAAAACUUGCAAGAUUCUGAAGCGUAUUUGUGCUAAUGCACAGUGACACCUGGUAUCUUCCAGGAGCAGUCCUAGAAUUUUCUGUGCCUAAUCAAUGUUGACUGCUUUGCAACCCUCAAGGGAAUGAGAUUACAAAAGCUGGGAAAGUUACAGAUUCAAAUAAAAUGGUAACGCCUAUUGAUCAGGUUAAUUAAUUUACCUCUUCUAACGAGGUGUAGUUUCUUGAAAAAAAUGAAAUCAAGUGAUUAAAAUUACAUUUCUAUCAACAUAAUGGUCUGGAAGAGAUAAGCCCAUCAAUUUCCCACCAGUUACCCUUUAUUUAUUAGCUACAGGAGAUACAUACAGUAUUACAAAUCACAAACACCAUGGAGAAUGGCUCGCUCUACAGCCAUUGUGACAUGCGGAAGCUGCGUGUGCAUAGUUGAGAGAACACCAUGUGCCCUAAUUGUGAGCCACACCAUGUUCCUGUAGGGGAACACCUAUCAGCAGGGAUUUCGCAUGUGCAAAGUGAUCAGCAUACCUAAGCCUCUGCCCUAGGUAGCUAGCUCCUUGCACCCUUCAUUCUAUUCCCAGCCCAGUAACUUGUUUGUAAUUGCAUGUUUGCAUCAGGGGAGCAUUUGUGGGAAGGAGAAGAGACAGAAGACCCAGAUUGUCUCCAAUCAAGAAAGGAGACUCUGGAUUUGAUUUGAGCUCCCAGUGACCCUAGGCCAACCAGGCUCUAGAGUAAGAAAAGAAAAUGAUUUGGUCACAAAUGCUGCCAUCAGCUGGAGGUAACUCCCUGCUGAACUCCUGCACCCUGCAUAUCUUGCCCUCUAUUUGUUCCACUCUCAGCAGUCUUUACAGCACUUUACUGCCUUCCAAGUGCUACACAGGGCCCGCACCCCUCACCCUUGACUGGUAACAGGGCACUGCUGGGUGCAGGAGAGGGUAUCUGGCACUGGGUUCUUGCUAGAUGGGCCACCACCCACUGGGACGCUGCUAACCGCCCAGGUGCCAUAGAAGCCAAGCCACUCAGAACCCCAGCAGUAAAGGAAAGGAAACGUGUUUAGAGGCUUCUUAAAAUAGAGUAGCCUAACUCCAGGUCACAAUUCUAAAUGCCUGCCAUGAUUACUAAAAGGAAAAAAACAACAAACAGUAUUUAUGUUGUAUUCAUCAAAGAAGUAUCUGGACUUUUGAAUUGUCUCAAUGGAUCAGAGAAAACGUUUCAGUGUCUUUCUUGACAAUGUUAACGAUGUGAUCAGAAAGUGCUUCAAUCAGUCCACAUGAGGUCUGACUGCACAGGAAGUGAGAAAUGAAUUGCUUCCCAGGGAGGAAACUGUUUCUCAUUUCACACAGCCUACCUGGAGGUGCCCCUGUUCCUUUCCCUGCUCACCUGUGAUACUGCUCCUGGAAGUGGUGUCACUUCGUCUCGUAUUACCUCUCUGACCUGUAUGACUAUCUCCUAGUAUUGGAUUUGGCAAUUACUCAUUGCUUAUGGAAGCAUAGAAAAGGAAACGUUUUUGCCUUAUCUCCUUGUAUAUAAAACUUUAAAAUAAUUGUGAAUUUAUGUUUUCAUAAAUAAUGUUGCAUAAAUUGCCUUCAUGGUCUAAAAUGUGCUUCUGUGACAUGAGGGAAAAAAACCUCAACCUUUUUAAAGGCAGCAGAUGUGAUGAUGUAUGACACUGCCAGUAUUCCCCAAACAGCUAAGUUGUAGUGGGGACCUAGGGUCACCCGUGACUUCCACAGUGUUAAUGUAAGUCUGGUGCUGACUUGUCGGUGGCGAAGAAAAAUGUGGGGCUGUGUCCACGGCAGUCCUGGGCUGGAUCUGUUCAUGUGCUCAGAGGCAGCACCCCUGGGAAACUGAUGGGUGUGGCAGUGGACCUGUGAAGGGAAAAUGUGUCCCUCAGCCUGCCCAGUGUUAACCACUAGAGAAGGUUUUGUUCUGUAUCCUUUUGUAAUGCCUGUGAAUUUUAAUAAAUUGAAGCUUUAGACCAAAACACUCAGGGGAUUUUCCUUUAAAUGUCCCUCAGAUAUUUUACUUACAUCAGUAGAAAGGGGAGGCUAUCAUUUUUGGUUGGUAAACUAAAGGCCAUAUUAUAAACUGUCACCAAAGUCUUCUCUUUUAAUAGCAUAUGCAUCUUGAAUUUCAGAAAACAUUAAUUCACAAUGGCAGGGGGGCAGAUUGUGCUCUGUUCUUGAAACACUUCUUGUACCAUUUUGUCAUGUUUGUAUUAUAUUUUAAGAUGUUUGAAAAUUUAAAAUGUAUGAGCCGCCUAACUAAAGUAGAACUGAAAUACUCACAAUGCUCUUUAUACACUGUGGCAUACCAUGUAAAAUUUGUAAUGUUUUGUGAUUCCUUGCAUUUUAAUAUCCUUUUAUAAUUAUAAGCAUUUUAAUAAAAUCAUUUAAAAAACAA